AUGGAGGAUAUCAGUAAAGUCAAGCCGUAUAUUUCGCAUCUGAAUGCGCAACUGGCCAAACUGGGCCCAAAAAUCACCAAGUUUACGGAAAAAUCGCUCGAGGAACAACUCCUGCUGUUGAAAGAUGAGAGGUCAAAACUGGACCUAUCGAACCGCUAUGCCUACGUGCUCUCUUCCUUGCUCUUUGCAUACAUGAAACUGCACAAUGUCAAGGACUUGGCUCCUGUAAAACAAGAGUUGGCUCGAGUUAAGCGAUACAUGGAUUUGGCCCGCCAGUUGGACGAAAAAGAGGAGAAACAAACCAGAAAGGAGCAGGAACAUCAAGAACGUGCCAAGAAACUAAUACAUUCCGCUCUGGAUGGUCGCAGUGUAGGUCCUGCCAUCAGCAAAGUCAACUUUCAAGGUAAACACACCAAGUUCACCCAGAAUGGCACCGAAGAUGUCGAAAAAACGGAUUUAAAAGAACCAAGUGAAACACCCAAGCACAGUACGAUACCGAGCAAAUCUCGGUCAGUGGGGAAAGUAACCAAGAAAAGCAAGCGUUGA